UUCCGGCUCACGCGGUGCAUGCAUGGAAACUCUUCCCCGGAAGUACAGACUCAACUAGCAAGAAACCGGAAGUAGGGAAAGCGAUCGCGUACUUCUCCUACGGUGGCCUAAAGGAGCAGUGAAGUGGGCGUAGGAGAGUUUAUCAUUUCUGGGUCUCGUAGUCGCGAUGUCUUUCAAGAGGGAAGGAGACGACUGGAGUCAGCUCAAUGUGCUCAAAAAACGAAGAGUUGGUGACUUGCUGGCUAGUUACAUCCCAGAGGAUGAAGCGCUGAUGCUGCGUGAUGGACGCUUUGCCUGUGCCAUCUGCCCCCAUCGACCAGUACUAGACACCCUUGCCAUGCUGACUACCCACCGUGCGGGCAAGAAACAUCUGUCCAGUUUGAAGCUUUUCUAUGGCAAAAAGCAGUCAGGCAAAGGAACAGAACAAAAUCCAAGACCACAGAAUGAAUUGAAGACAGAGAGCAAAGUUGAGGCUCCUUUGCUAACCCAGACUCGACUAAUCACCCAGAGUGCUCUGCACAGAGCUCCACACUAUAACAGUUGCUGCAGGAGAAAGCACAGACCAGAAGCACCUGCUGUCUCUGUCUCCAGUUCUCCUUCGCCAGCCCCAGAGGCUGGACUCCAGAGUUCAGACAUCAGCAGGGAAACCGAGCCUAGGACAGGAUCGAACGCCAAAGAGUCAGCAGCUGUCCUGCCUUCUGCACCCAUGAGCCCCGCAAAACGCCGAGUCCUGAACCAUUACCUCACCCUCCGAAGCUCUGGAUGGGUCCCAGAUGGACAAGGUCGAUGGAUAAAAGAUGAAAAUGCUGAGUUUGACUCUGAUGAGGAAGAACCCCCUGAUCUCCCCUUGGAUGAAUAAUUCCUUUCCCUAUUUGUUCUAUAAAUAAACCUACAGUAGGGUCCUGGGAGCACACUGAUCCUCAA